AUGCGGAAACCAACGACAUUAACAGCGUCGUCAUCAAAGAAGAAGAGCGAUACGAGUGCGUUUAAAACCGUCGCCUCGAAAACGGUUUCCCGCUGGGAGGUAUUCGGAAUCGAUGACGACGCCAACGAAACGAGCACGAGUGAAACGGCGAUGAAAUCGUCGAUGCGCAUCGCGGACGUGCUCGUGCGCGCGUUUCCCGAGCGAUUUCCGACGAAAACAGCCGCCAAAAAAGCGAUCCGAAGAGGCGAAGUGACGGUGAACGAAGCGAAAGCAGAUGUUGAAUUCGAAGUGUUGAAAGAAUGGUUUGAAAGCAACGAAGAAGGAGAGGAAGAAGGAACAACGAUCACGAUUGAAAUUCAGGCGAGAAUGAACGCGAAUUUUGGCGCGGGUGAUGCUGCUUCUUCUUCUCGCUUAUUAUCGCGCGAGGAUAUGCCGAAGGAGAUUCGAGAGGGCGAUAACGCGACGACGGUGGCGUACGAAGACGAGGAGUGCGUGAUCGUGAGGAAAUCGUUUGGGAUUCCAACUUUGAAGACAAAGAUGAGUGGUAACGCUGCGAGGAGUAAGAAUAGCAAUAAUGAUAAUAAUAAUAAUAAUAGUAGUAGUAAUAGCGAAUUAGAGGGUUGGAGUUUAGAUCGAGUGUUGCCGUAUAUCGCCGCGCCGGCGGUCAACGUAGAGGGCGCGCUGCAUCGUCCGAGACCGGUCCACAGGUUAGACAGUUUGACGGGAGGGUUAGUUGUGUGCGCGAAAACACGUCGAGCGUUGAAAGUGCUCUCCGAAGCUUUCCGAGAUCGCACGGCGAGGAAGCGGUACAGAGCGGUGUUGAUAGAGUAUACGAACGCACACGGAGGUCUCGGAAAGAGAAAAAUAAACGAGAAGCGUGGGACGAUUACGAGCAACGAUAUGGGACCAAAGAGAAAUCAAUACGCGGAAACCGAGUUUACAAUUUGUGACGAGACCGGGGAAGACGACGAGAAUACCGUCACGAAGGUUUUGAUCGAUUUCCACCCGAAAACCGGGCGGACGCACCAACUGCGAAAGCACGCCGAGAAGGAACUGAACAUGCCAAUUUUAGGCGACGAUAGAUACGGAGGUAAAGCGCACUGCGAUAACGCGAAAAACUAUCGACCGAAGUUGCAUCUCUUCGCGGCAGAGAUUACGUUACCACCAGAAGCCGUGCCUUGGCGCAACGACGCAGGAGGAGGAGGAGGAGGAGGAGGAGGAGAAGCUUUAAACGUGCGAGUAUCGGAACCGGCGUUUUUCAGAAAGUCAAUGGACGCCACCGACGUUUGGAACGCGAGUACAUUUGUUGCUACAGACUAA